AUGUCCUUAUCGAUGCUAAAAGCAGUACGGCGGACGGCCGCCACUCAACUGGAAAGUGUCGGAGCUCUGGCUGGACCGUCUACUCGGCACAGGUGUAAUCGGACCUUCUCGCAAUCCGCCUCCAGACAGGCAGCCCAAGACGGAGAGCCAGGAGGAAGCAGCCAGUCAAGCGCGCAGUUCGGUGCUGUACCGGACGCAAUAGCAAAAGCUCGAGGAUCCUCGUCUUCUCGUGCUCGACCUGCUCGUUCGCCAGCAGCGACUGAUGCACAGGCUCCAGUACUCCUCCGAGCAUCAAGAGUUCCCUCAUCCAAGAUCGGCCGGUUUUUGCAUUAUGGGUCUUUGGCAGCUUCGAUGGGCUGGGGAGCAGCUACCGAGUCUGUGCGUCGGUCUGCAGGCGGAGAGUCAACUGGAAGCGUAUUUAUGUCGGAUGCGAAUGUCCGACGGCUGGUGUCGAGUCUGACGAGGAUGCGGGGAGCAGCAUUGAAGCUUGGGCAGUUCAUGAGCAUACAGGAUAAUCACAUGUUACCGCCAGAGAUAGAACGGGUGCUCUCGCAAGUACAGUCCCAUGCCAACUACAUGCCUGAUUGGCAGAUGGAGCGCGUCAUGUCGUCGGAACUCGGCCCAGACUGGUCCUCCCUCUUCGCGACCUUUGACCGCACUCCCAUCGCCUCCGCCUCGAUUGGUCAAGUCCAUCGCGCAACCCUCCCCUCCGGCCAGGCCGUCGCCGUCAAGGUCCAGUUCCCGGGCAUCCGCGACUCUAUCACCUCAGACCUAUCCUAUCUUACCCCUCUCCUCGCAUCCUCCGCUAUCCUCCCUCGCGGUCUAUACCUUCAGAACACCAUCGCCGUGAUGAAGCGGGAAUUGGCGGACGAGUGCGACUACCUGAAAGAGGCAGAGGCGGGACGGAAGUUUGCAAAGAUGUUGGAGGGGGACGAGUACUUUGAUACACCCCAGAUCAUCGAUGCGGGGUGCACUGAGAGGGUAUUGACGAUGACGUGGAUGGAGGGGAAGAGUCUGAGCCGGAUGAAGGGGAUGACCCAGGAAAGGAGAGACAAGAUCGGUACAGGUGUACUCCGCCUAUGCCUACAGGAGCUGUUCCACUUCCGGUUCAUGCAGACCGACCCGAACUGGGGCAACUUCCUCUACAAUCCCGCGACGGACCGCCUCGGCCUGAUCGACUUUGGCGCGAGCAGGCAGUAUUCCAAGGAGUUUAUGGAUAGCUGGUUCGCCUUGCUGUCCGCGGCCAUCAGGGGCGAUCGGGAGAUCAUGAAGGCGGAAAGCAAGAACAUCGGCUACUUUACAGGCGAGGAGGAAGAGCUCAUGAUCGACGCCCAUCUAUCCUCCAUGUCCCUCUUAUCCGUCCCCUUCGCUCAUCAAGGCGUAUACGACUUCUCCAACCAGACCAUCACCGACGACGUGCGCAAGUACAUCCCCAUCAUGCUCAAGCAUCGCCUCACGCCACCGCCGCAGGAGACGUACAGCCUGAAUAGAAAGCUCAGCGGGGCGUUUUUGAUGUGUGCGAAGCUGGGGGCCAGGGUGGAUUGUGGGAAGCUGUGGGAGGAUUGGGCGGCGGGAUACCCGUAUCCGGAGCCCAAGGUAUAG